AUGCUGAAAAAGAAUUUUCGAAUUUUCUUUAUGUUAACAUUUUUCUCCGUGAAUUCAUACAGCGAAGCCAAACAUAGAUUAAAAAAGAAGGACUUUGGACCAAAUAUUGUUGGUGGGAAGGCCGUGUCUUUGGCAAAAUACCCACAUGCAGUACAAUUCCUUAAUUACGGCGCUAUGUGUGGUGGGGUCAUUAUAAACUGUUGGUCAGUUUUAACAUCAGCUCAUUGUCUAGAAAACAAUAGAGAUAUUGAGGAAAUGGUAAUACUAGUCGGAUUAAGACAUAUUUACGACUUUAAAGCAAAGAGACACUUACUACAGUCUUACGUUGUACACGACAAUUACGAUAAGGAUAUUCCUUUUUCGAAUGACAUCGCCAUAUUGUUUGUUAAGAAACCAAUAAAGUUCUGGAAAAUAGCUAAGAGAGCGAUAUUAGUAGACAACAACCAAUGGAUGAGCGCCAAGGAGAACAAGUUCGUUGUGACAGGCAGGGGUUGGACAAAGUAUAACGUAUCAUCAUCAAAAACCACAAAGUAUCUUAUGAUGACCGUUCUAAGAUAUAUACCGGCAAAAAAAUGCAGUCGUCUACAUAAUAUGGCGCUCUCUCCAGACAUGUUCUGUCUUUAUGGAGACGGAAAGAGGGAUAGCUGCCGCGGAGACUCUGGCGGAGGAGUACUUUGGCGUGGGAAAUUGGUCGGUCUAGCGUCACAUGGUGAUGGCUGUGCAAUGAAAGACAAACCAAGCGUUUACACGAACCUGUGGUACCUCAAGGGGUGGAUCGAAGAGCAGUUACGUGAAUUCAUAGUUAUUUACUGCCAACAUAAGUCCAAAAAAGGCAAAGAUAAGUCCAAAAAAGGCAAUAUAAAACACCCUUAUGUUUAA